CUCAAAACUUAUCCAUAGAGAGAAAACCAAAGGAGAAGCUGUGGAAACCUUAGAGACGAGCAGCGUUGUCGCAACGGGAAAGGAGAUUUCAACUGAACUUAGCACAUUCUGGGAAAAUUCACCCGCCCUCGUCCAAUUUGGACCGGCAGGCAGAGACACGAGAGUGCGGAAGGCGACCUGUAGCUGUCACCUGCUGAACACUGGAGUUUGGGACCCCUUUCCUCAAGCCAGGAAUUUCGCACAGUCAUGGCUGCCAGAAGACACCAGGCGCUUGCAACUGGACUCCUUUGCCUACUCGCUCUUGUGCAAGUGCAGAGGAUACAGUCCCUAGGAAUUGACCCCAUUGUGGACUAUGUGUUCCCCAUCUGGCCCACCAUCAAUUGCUUCAACCCGGCGCGGUCCGACAACAGCCAAGUGACCCCCAGCGCUUCGUUCACCAGCUACCUGACAGCUGUGCAGAACAAGGCCAAGCAGUUCACGCAGAGCGGCCUCUUCUUCACUGCACAGUGCAAGGCCAGCCUCAUCCUGAAGGGCACGAUCGAGUGCUACUAUGUGUUUGACAAGACCAGCUACCGCACGGGGCUCAACACCCUGAAGAACACAGCGCCCUACUCGGGCAUCUCCCUCAACUUCUGCGCCAUCCAGUUGGACGGCGGCCCAGUCAAGACCUCCACCAUCUGCUUUGACAACUCUGGCAUUGACCCCAACCACCCCUACGUCAUUGCCAAGGUGGAGACGGCCGGGCCGCAGUACAACAUCUUCCAGACGCUGUUUGGCGCGAGUGUGCACGACGCCAACGUGAGCCCGCCGCAGGACUACACCAUUUCCUACACCUGCUACUUUGUGUGAGCGCCACCUGGACAGGAGGGGGCAGCACUAAAUGCUAAUAAUGUAGCAGCCUCCAGCGGAGCAAAGAGCACAGCUGCGGGAAUGGGUGGUGAGAACACCGUUGCACAGCACAGAACAGAACGCUGUCAGCAUUGCUGACUGUGGGGUGGACUGGCUGGAUGCUGCUGGUGUUUGGAUCUAGGGAGCGCAGGUACAUUUUUGUAGCUGGAAACGCAUUACAAAGCUGAAAGGCAGGCGGUGCAGAGCUUUUUAUUGCACCAAACGCUGCGGGUCAAACAACAGACAAGCAAAACAGUCCUGGAGCAAUAUUGUCAAGACAUCCUUGUCUGAAGAUUCGAAGACCAGGCUAUAGUCCUGCUAGGAGAAACUACUGUACAAGCAAUGAAAGUUUCAUAAGUUUGUUGUUGACUGGCCAGACUGCAAAGCCAGAUCCUGGCAACCUAGCUCUGCAAGGAUCUUAUGAGGCUUGUCAACGUCAAAUAAUCGUGCGCCGUGGCACAAUCUGAAACAGUCACUGCCAGAAUAAUAUUGCUGAGCAUGCGUUGCGGAAUGUAAACUUUUCAAGUUCACCGCUGUAACACCAUGUUGCUGCUUCCAUCAAUGCGCGGCAUCCUCUUUUGAGGACAGUCAAAAUAUGCAGGGCAGUGCACACAUGCGUGUACAAUAGCCUCAGGCUGAGCGCCCCAGCCGUGCAAAGGAUGGCCUCUUCUAUCAGACGAGAAAAGUCAGCAGACUAAUUGCUUGAGAAUCCUGAAGCCAGAAUCAGAGCUUGCCAUCCAGCCACAUGCCGAUGAAGCGGGUUGCGUGCACGAAAAUCAU